CCUCUUGUAAAGAUAUCACGUCACGAGUACAAGUUCAUGCCAAGUGGCUCAGGCUACCGCUAGCCGUUUACGGUACCGUACCGGGAGACGGGUGUUUCUGUCGUGGCUGGCUUGCUGCGUGCUAGGCUUGCAGUAUCUUCCAUCCCCCACCACUAUCCUAGGCAGACGACAGGCAACUCGGGGAUAACUCGGUGAUACCGACAGACUUAAUGUUACCGGACAACGUUAGUUACCACAGAUUAACUUCGUUCCCGUCGCAUACUCGGGGCAGUUUCAGCAGACGCCGCUAACCAACGUUACGCCUUUAGGAGGAUUAAUGUGGAAAUUUACCGCAUAAAGUUACUCAAGUGAUUGAGCACGGACUCUUCUACCAGCAUCGUCACACACAGGAGUUCACCCAGUUUGUGUGUGUAUGUGUGUUAAAGUGUGUUUUCCGGGACACAGUAGAGCUAUCCGCGUCGCUCCCUCCCGUCCGGGGGAAACUACUGCGAGAGCCUGCUAUCAGGACGCGCAUCUUCAGGGCCCCGUACCUGACUUCGCUGCAGGUGUUGUGCAGAGUUGAGAGGAGCUCAAAGUCGUCGGCUUGGCAUUUCACCUGGUUUGCGAGGGCAGUCGUGGCUCAUGACUUCUGAUCAGGACACCAAAGCCAUUGCUGAACCUCCAGUGCUGCCCAACCCAAACGACACACACACUGCCCCUCUGGAGCCUCCCAAGUUGCCUGAGCUGAACCACGAUGCUAAAGCAUGGAUCAGUCACACACCUGGUCUGGACACACCUGAGCUGAGGAUCAGUCACACACCUGGUCUGGACACACCUGAGACCACCCCCUCCUCUGCUGUCCAAUCAGAGCUCGAGCAGUCCAAGGACUCCUCCCAGGACAGGGUCAGAGGUGAUGAGCUUGAUGAUGGGGGUGUAUUUGAGAUGCAGUCAUUGGCUCAGGCCGAAGCUCAUCCCACUGUGAUGCAGGAAGCCAACAUGGCCGCUGUGAUGUCACAAAGCCUUGUCCCCAUGAGUCCGGAGCACAAGGACAAAAAGGAGAGUGCGCAGAGUGAGAAGGAGCUUCAGAGAGAUGAAAGUGACCAGAGAGAAAAUCUGACGAAAAUGCUACAGUUUUGUAUGUCACGUGAGAACCUGUCCAGAGACAUGUACCUGGUCUCCCAGAUGGACAGUGAUCAGUAUGUUCCUAUCGCUACUGUGGCGAAUCUCCACCACAUCAAGAACAUUAGCACGGACAUGAGGCUAAUUGUGAACAUCCUCAGAUCGCUCCCUCAGUUGCAGGUGGAUGAGAGUGGAGAGCGGGUGAGACCCAAUCAGAACCGCUGCAUCGUCAUCCUCAGAGAGAUACCUGAAAGCACACCAGUACAGGAGGUUGAGGCCCUGUUUCAGUCUGGGAAUCUGCCCAAGUUCGUCAGCUGUGAGUUUGCCUACAAUGACAACUGGUUCAUCACUUUCCAAACAGAGGCUGCUGCACAGCAGGCAUACCAGUACCUCAGAGAGGAAGUGAAAACUUUCCAGGGGAAACCCAUCAAGACACGCAUCAAAGCAAAGUCUAUGACCUUCGGCUCCCUUCUGCCAAAGAAUGGCUUCCAGACAGCGGGGGUGGGGCCUGUAUACACCCCGCCCAGAUUCUCACCUUUCCUCCUCCCUCCGGUUCAAACCCCGCCUCCUACGCCAGCCCAGCAGUUUCCCUACUACGCAAUCAUCCCACACACACACACUGCACUGCAGGUGGCUCCCUUUCCCAACAGCCCCUUCAUGCACAGCUUCAGCACCUCCCCGAGCUUCAAAACUACCAGCACUUUCCACAGUAGGGCAUACAGCAGGCUCCAGCCUCAGAGAGGCGUCUAUGAUGGCCCCUCCCCCAUAUACAGCUUCAGCCCGGAGCAGGUCCACCCCAGCCAGUCACGGCCUUCACAAACCAACUACACCCACCCCCAGCCUGCUGGGAUUGGCUACCCAAGCAAUGACCGCAGUGGUGCUGCCAGGUCCCAGCCAAUCAUGGCUGACUGUUCCAUAGGCCGGGGCAGGUCCAAUAUCUAUGCUUCCAGGAGAAGGCGGGAAGAAAGGUUUACUCGUGGAGCAGAAGCGUCUCCACCCCCAGUGAGGUCUGCGUCUCCAGUGCUGGAGUUUGGACCCAGUAGCUUCCCCCCUCUUCCCUCGGCCAGCCCCCACACACACACACCUCACACUCCCCCGCACGCACACACAUCUCACACUCCUCCGCACACACACACACCUCACACCCCCCCGUACACACACACUCAUAGCCUGCACUCCCUGCUCAGCAACAUCGCCAUAGCGACCGCUCAUCUGCAGGAUGUGAGUUCAGAAGGCGGAGCCUCCAGCCCCCUCUCUACAGGAAGAGCUGUGGUGACCACACCCCCAUUGCCUAGCAACCUCCUAUCCCCACCUAGCUCCACCCUCUGGCCAACCUGCAGCACAGAGGAUCUAAAGUGUGAAAAAGAGACUCAGGUGUCAGUGGAGAGGGCGUACAUCACCGUGGCAACUGCCAGCAAGUCUGUCCAGGUCAACGGCUUGGCAACGGAGGGCCGUAAGCCGAGCUAUGCUGAGAUCUGCCAGCGAAUCAGAGACUCCUACAGCAGCGAAAGACCCGCCCCUCGAAACCAGCAGCCCAGAAAGGACACGCCCACUGGCCCUCGGCAACUGUCGCCAGGCCUCGAGCUCCUGACACCUCCGACAUCACCUCAGUAGUCAUGGCAACAAUGUGAUGG